AUGGAUGAAUAUUCAUCACAGUACUCAAUAUGGAUGAAGAGCAAAACAAUUCCUCUGGGAGCUGGCUUUAUAUGGCCUCCAAGAUGUUAUUCAUGUAGCUUUUGUAAGAGAGAAUUCAGGUCUGCUCAAGCUUUAGGUGGUCACAUGAAUGUCCACAGAAGGGAUAGAGCAAGACUCAAGCAAUCCCUUAACCCACAAAACGAAGCUCCUUCGCAAAGUCUUUCAAAGCCUCAGAGACAAUCCCCAGCUAGAAAUUCGAAAAGUGCAUCAACUCUUUCUUCUGCCGUAUUUUCUCAGGGAAAUUCAAAAUUCUCCCAUCUUGCUUAUUCUCCUGAAAUCAAGGAAUUAGCAGCUGGUCAAAAGAUCAUGUCAUCAUCUUCCAGUACUAAGCAAGAUUUUAAUAGAUACGGUGAUAAAAAAUUAAAGGGUGCUGGAAAAAAGUUUAUUUUGUUGGAUGAUGAUGCAAAUUCUUCGUCAGUAGGCGUAUCAGCUUCAAAGAGACAAAAAAGCUGCAUGGUUUCAUCAUUGCCUAUGCUCCAUGAACCAUGUUCCAGUCAUGAAAAAUAUAGUUUCACUACUUCAGAUUAUAAAGUGGGAAUCAGGACCAGUUCCAUGGAGGAUAUUGAUCUUGAACUCAGGCUAGCUAUUGGUGAUCCACCAGCCAAGCAAUUAGUUACACUAGGUUUAAUUUAG